AUGACUACACCAGGUCUACGGCAAGCAUUGUUGGCCGCUGCGUCCACCGGAGGCACCGUUCUUUUUCCAUUUGGUGCCACUGCUUUUGCCUUUACUGACAGUUGCUGCCGUCUCGGCACCAACCAGGCGCCUGGUUGCCAAGGGGGUCAAAGUCACUCGACUUGCGCGUCUAGAAGAAAAGCACAAGAACAGGAAAGACGUGGCCAAACAGGGGACUAUACGGAAGAGAGUGCCGAGACAGAAGUAUCGGAGAAGGAUGGAGAAAAUGUAGGUCAAGAAAAUGUUGCUGAUAGCGCAAUGAGAGCAAGUGAGAAGAUAAGAGUCUGUAGAAGUAAGAGUCCUCACGCUAAAGUGGUGAGGAUGAAGGCGCCAAUAGGUGCCGCGACCUGUAGAUUACCCAACAAGACAAAAAGGCGUGGUCUGUUUACUCAGACUGGCGAAAAGAGAAUCUCAUCAGAUUGCUUAGCCGUGGCAACCGCCAAAAAGAAGACCCCAAUGGGGAAUGGCUGUAUCCUUGGAGUUGGAAAUGGCCUUGCCGCUCCUUUGGUAGCAGGAGUAUCCGGUGUCCGUCUGGGCCUUGCCAACUUUGACCAAUCUCUUCGUUGUCCCAGAAUGGAAACUCCUGAAAAGGAGGUAAUUACUCCAUUAAUAGCAAACAUCUGCAGGCCAUUUUAA